GCAAGUUGGGUUCAUCAUCGGAGCAGAGCACGAGAUGGUGGUCGGGAUGAAGCAUCUGUGCGUGCUGGCGCUGUUCCUCUUGGUCCACGGCGGCGGGAGCAAGGGGGUGGAGGGGGCUGGCGAAUGCGGGCGUGUUCCCGUGCAGAGGAUGGCCUUGCAGUUGGCGCCGUGCGCGUCGGCGGCACAAGACGCGCAGGUGCAGGUCUCCGCGGCCUGCUGCAGCGCGGUGCAGAGGGUGGGCCAGAACCCCGCCUGCCUCUGCGCCGUCAUGCUCUCCGACACCGCCAAGAGCGUCGGAGCGAAGCCGGAAGUGGCCGUCACCAUUCCCAAGCGGUGCAACCUUGCGAACCGCCCCGUGGGGUACGAGUGCGGAGGCUACACAAUACCGUGACACACACCGCGCGGAGGGUCGGCUAUCUGUCAGCACCACUACUCUCUUCUAAAAUAAUCGUCACAGUGUAUGUGUUUAUGCUCCGUGCAUUAAAUAAAAACCAUUUCGAUGAAA